UCUCCUUCCCUAAAUAUCUCAAGCCUUUGCUUGGGUUACCGAAAAUAUGCCUUUAGGCUGACAUGCUAUGAGUUCUCGAACUUGGAGAAAUUUCUGAACCAGAAAUCAGUUAGGGAUUCACAUGAUGUUGGGGAUAUAAGCUUUGUGUUCUGUAGCCCUACAGUGCAUCAGGCCCUGCAGAUGGACUGGAUGAGGAAUCUCGAACCUGGCAUUCCUGCUCUCCUUGAGUAUGGAAUUAAGAUGCUUGUGUAUGCUGGAGAAUAUGAUCUUAUAUGCAACUGGCUAGGAAAUUCCAGAUGGGUUCAUGCUAUGGAAUGGUCUGGUCAGAAAGAUUAUGUGGCGUCUCCUGAAGUUCCUUUUGAAGUUGAUGGUUCAGAAGCCGGAGUAUUGAGAAGCCAUGGGCCUUUUGCUUUUCUCAAGGUCCACGAUGCAGGACACAUGGUUCCCAUGGAACAGCCCAAGGCUUCAUUAGAGAUGCUGAAGAGGUGGAUUCAAGGAAAACUAUCUGAAUCUGAGGGCACAGCUGAUCCAAAAGAGUUGGUUUCUGAGAUGUAAUAGACUGUUAUUUGGUAUGUAAGAGCUAUCUUUUUAUGUGGUUUUCUUGGUUUUCCAAUGUAGCUGUAAAUAUUUGCUGUUGGUUGAAACAGACUUCUGGCUGAUGGAUAAGAAGGUUAACAAAUGCUUAAAUCAACGAGAACUGUUUUUGCCUC